CGGAUUGUAAAGAAAAUUUGACAUAAUAAGGAAAAAAAUGGAAUUCAGCCAUUUAAUUAAACGAUUGAAAUAUUAUAUAUAUUAUUUCACAGUAUUAAUGCUGUUUAUGAUAUUCUUUGAAUACAGUAUUGGAAAAUUGAACGAAUGUAUUUCCGGUUUUAUCCGAACUUCAGUUUCUAGGUUUCCGUAUUUCGUAAUUCCCUAUUGUAAACAAAGGUAUUUAUAGUUGAGCUGCCAUUAGUUCAGGAACAGAAAGAAAAGAAAAUGUCAGGUAAAGGAUAUCCCACACAGCCUCGCUCAUAUCCGGUACAACAAAGCAACAUUCAGUUUGCUUAUCCCCAAGCUCAGCCACAAAUGCAAGCCUGGCAACCGACAGCGCCACCUAUGUAUAGUUCUCCUAAUGAGGCCCCUCCUCCCUACAGUGCUCAAGCUCCUCCACAACAGAUGCAAGGAUACCAAGUGUAUCCCCAUCAGAUGCAGCAAAAUGUCGUGCUAACAGGACAGGGCCGGUCAGGCAUUGUACAAACUGGACAGCAAUCCGCCAUGGCUUCCUUUGAUGCUGGAGCAAGAUUUGAUGGCAUAUCUCAACCCAGAAUUCCUCCACCACCCCCAGGAUACAUGCCAACAGCUGCGCAGCAGGCAGUGAUGCAGGGACGUCCGGUGGUAGCCACCCAGCAGAAGGCAGACUGGUUCUCAGGGACAGGGGGUGGCUACACAUGGGGAGGAUUGUAGAUAGGAAGGGUUCACUAACAGACAAUCAGACAGUGUCCAGAGGGAUAGAAAUUAAAAAGUUAUUCUCAUUGUCCAUGAUAACAGGAAUUGUCUAUGUAGAACAUUAUUGCAGUUUCCAGAUGAAUGUAGAUGAUUUAGGAUAGUCUAAUUAACACCAUGCAAACUCGCUACUGUUCAGCACCACUGGUAACACUGCCAGGUAUACUUAAUUUCCACAGUAGAAGUUCCUCUCAGUUAUUUUAUACAGACAUUUUCCUAUGAGAUAUAUGUGAAGACUUGUUAUUCUUUUUUGUUGUUUUGUUUUUAAUUUUUCAUAUUUCCUUCAAUUUUUUUUAAUCGUUUUCUUCAUAAGUGUCUAGCACUGUGUACAGGCAGUUAGGAUGUAUAUACUGAGUACUCCAUUUAUUGUCAGUUUACAUGUAUUUUCAAGAUACUGUGAUGAUCAUAACAUAUUUAUACAUGUAGUGUAUGUAUAAUAAACUUGUUUUUAUAAAUCAGGAA